ACCCUUCCAUUUUUAUUCCAUCCUUUCUCACUUGUCUCCUUCUUUGAGGUCUCUCUUCUAUUUCUUAAUUUUGAUCAAGUGUUGAACAAUAUAAUGGGUGAAAUAUCUUGCUCUGCUAAUGGGAAUGGAUUGAAUAAUGGAAAUGGACAUGCAGUAAUUGUAGGUCCAAUUAGAAAGAGUUGUUGGUAUGAAGAAGAGAUUGAUACUGACUUGAGAUGGUGCUUUGCUCUCAAUAGCAUUUUGCAUACUGGUGCCACCCAAUAUCAAGACAUUCAACUCUUGGACACAAAGCCCUUUGGGAAGGCUUUGGUCAUAGACGGGAAGCUUCAAAGUGCAGAGAUAGAUGAAUUUAUCUACCAUGAAUGUCUUGUCCAUCCAGCUCUCCUUCAUCAUUCAAAUCCUAGAAGCAUAUUCAUUAUGGGAGGAGGUGAAGGUUCUACUGCCAGAGAAUUGUUGAGGCACAAGACAGUCGACAAAGUUGUAAUGUGUGACAUUGAUGAAGAGGUGGUGGAAUUUUGCAAGUCAUACUUGGAGGUUAACAGAGAAGCUUUCUCUGAUCCUAGACUCGACCUUAUUAUCAAUGACGCCAGGGCUGAGCUAGAGAGGAGGGAAGAGCAUUAUGAUAUUAUAGUAGGAGAUUUAGCAGACCCUAUAGAAGGAGGACCAUGUUACCAGCUUUAUACAAAAUCCUUCUAUGAAUUCAUUGUUAAACCUAAACUUAAUCAAGGCGGUAUCUUCGUCACUCAGGCAGGACCAGCAGGAAUUUUCAGCCAUACAGAAGUCUUUUCCUGCAUUUUCAAUACUCUAAAACAAGUUUUCAAAUAUGUUGUGCCUUAUUCAGCUCAUAUUCCAUCGUAUGCUGACACUUGGGGAUGGGUCAUGGCAUCAGAUACUCCAUUUGUUAUAAGUGUGGAUGAACUAGACCUGAGAAUGAAGCAGAGGAUGAAAGGGGAGAACAGAUAUCUUGAUGGGAAAACAUUCACUUCAGCCUCUACAUUGAGCAAAGCUGUUCGAAACUCACUGGAAAAUGAGACUCAUGUUUAUGCAGAAGGGAAUGCAAGAUUCAUAUAUGGACAUGGAAGACACAAUCAAGCAAUGAUAUGAUGGAAUAUAAGUUAAAAGGGGUGCCCCUUGAUUAUAGCGUAUAGACCAAAAAGUAAAAAGACUGCCAAGUUGGGAACUUUUCUACUUUUCUUUUUUCAUCUUAUGCUUUCACCUUCUGGUUUUAACUGAAAGUUAUCUAGUAUUUCCUUUUCUUGUUUUUUUCUUUUUUGUUGGAAGUGGUGGGGAGUUCUAUAAGUAGUUACUCUAAACUCUAAAGGAGAGAGGAGUUAUGGCUUAUGGAUAUUUCUUGUUCUUUCUGAAUUGGAAUAUGGUUAAUAGAAUAUUACUCUAUCUUUUAAUUCAA